CAACUAUACUGUUCAUAAAAUUGUUAAGAACUGCGCUCCUCUACUGUGCUUGGUCGCUAAUUUGCCAUUAACACUUCGGACGUGUAUCGUAUGUCUAGAGGACUUACGAUGUGUCAUUAGAUUGAUAUGGCUUCCGCGCCUCAAUGGCGUGUCCUGGCGUGCAUUGGCGCGCCAGAGACCGAUGGCGAAGCCCUGGGAGUGCACUCAGCGCUUUUGGACUUGGCCAAGCCUGAAACACAGCCAGCAAACGUGCAGGUGUCUGUCUUAACACACCCUUCUCUGUCGGAAUUCAACGCUUUGGUCGCUCUUAAACGGCCGAACUUCAUCUACUGCUGCGGGCCCUCGUCAGCGACUGACGACAAGCAGCCGGGGUUCGUCGGCUCCUUCACGUUCCGAGACCAGCCCCCUGACGCGGGCGAGGAGGUGCUGCUGGCGGCGCUGCAGGAGAGCGGCGCGGAGGUGGCGUACGUGGAUGCAGUGGUGUCACCGCACUUUGGUCCCGUGCUGCACCAGCGGGGCAUCCCCCACGUGCUUGUCUGGCCCGCCGACAGCCCCGUCCCCACCCCCGUCGCCGCGCACUUCAACGCCGCCUUCCUCGCGCUCCUCACCAGCAGCGCCGCCUCACCGCCGGAGGCCUUUGCGGCCGCCAGCCACAGCACCCAGGCGCACUGCACCUGCACGCCCGCCCUCCCCGCCUCCUCCUCCCCACCUGCAGCAGCGCCCGCAGCAGCAGCCGCCCCGGCAGCGCCACCACAGAAGGGCUCCGAGGGCGGCAGCCCCAGCCCAGGAGGACGAGGUAACGGUGGUGGUGGUGGUGGAGGUGGCGGGGGUCGCAGCGGUCCGCCGCUGCCUGCAUUCGUGUCGUCGGUGCGCCCCGGGCUGCCGGACAGCGCAUCCAUACCGCCGCUGGCGGAGGGGCCGGGGCUGACGCUGGGGCCGGCGGGGCCGCAGGGCUUCCCGGGCUGGUCCGAGGUGCGGCUGCUGGCCCCCCGUGCGGAGCUGCGGCUGCUGCUGGCGGGCGGGUGCACGCUGCUAGAGGCGGGGCGGCUGGGGUGGCUGGGGGAGGCGCUGCGGGCGCUUUUAGUCAUGGAGGCGCGGGGGGUGCAGCUGCUCUCCUGCACCCCGCUGCCCCAGCCCCCCCGCAACCUGCCCGCCGGCUGCUCCGCGGUGCGGUGCGGGGUGGUAAGUCGCAGCGGGGCGGCGGGGGCGGUGGUGCUGGGGGGGCCGCCGGGGGUACUGCGGCACCCGGAGCUGGUGCAGCAUGCGCUCAGGAUGUCCCUGGUGGCUGACAGCGUGAGUCUGCAGUUCCGUCUGCCCCCGCCCGGGCUGUCGCUGCCCGCGCCCCGCCGCAGCAGCCGGGUGGCGGGCGGGGCGGCGGUGGUGGACUGCGUGGCGGGUACCAGCGUGUGGGCGGUGGAGCUGCUGCGGGAGCUGAGCAAGGACUCCCGCUACCACAGCCUAGCCGCUCUGGGUGUGGCGGCGGUUGGCAACUCUGCAGACACCUCCUUCACACCCGCGGAUGUACGGCGAUACAACUUGAUCGCAAACGGCCUCGGACAGCCCUCCACCCUCGCGGCCUCGCAAGCACCUGCAGCACCUGGAGCAGCACCGACGGGCACGGCGGCGGCGGGGGCGGGGGCGGGGGCGGGGGCGGGGGCGGGGGGCCAACAGCUGACGGAAACGCAGCCCUCGUCGCCGCCAGGGCAGCCGGGCAGUAGCGGUGUUGACGCAACGGCGGCAGCGGCGGCGGCGGCGGCCGCAGAGGGAGCUAUGGACCUAUCCGCAGCCGCCGCCAACGGUGGCGCCUAUUUUGGCAACGACGCGCUCAUGGGUUACUCACUCAAUGGGCAGUUACUAACGAUGGAUGGUAGUGGCGGCAGCGGCGGUGGUGGAGGAGGAGGAGCGACGGCGCCGGUUUCCCAGGACCCUUUCGCCGCCGCUGGUGGCGGCGGCGGCGGCAGCAGUGGCGGCGACGACGGCGCGUCGGCGGGGCUGCUACUGGAGGGAUUUUCCCCAGCGGAUGGAUUCGCUGGGGAUGGUUUCGGAGACGGCGGCCUAGGGGAGGGCGGUUGUGGAGGUGCGGGGUCGCGAGGAGCCGUGUGCCGACCCGCGGGUCCGCUGUCUGACAAGGCACCCAACUUCAGGGGGGAGCUCCCGGGCUACGUCUGCUCCCGCCCGCCGCUGUCCUGUUGCUCCGAGUCCGCCUUCUACGAUGACCUGGUGGCCUUCCUCACCGCACUGCGCGGCAAGCCCCUGGACCGCAGUCGCUUCCCCGAGGCGGUCCUCAACGGCGUGUCUCUGGACCUGUUCAGCCUGUACCGCGAGGUGGUCAGCCGGGGGGGCUUCAGGGUGGGCAACGGCAUCAACUGGAAGGGACAGGUCUUCCCCCGCAUGCGCAAUUGGACGGAGACCAACAAGCAGACGGGUGUGGGCAACGCGCUCAAGCGCCACUACCAGAACUACCUGUGGGAGUACGAGCUGGCGCACCCGGAGGACGUCACGCUGGACCGCUGCGUGCUGUGCAACGGAGGUGACGCGGUGUCUUCGGACUGGGUGUGCUGCGAUUGCUGCGAGUCGUGGGCUCACUUUUCGUGUGACAAGCGGCCGGGGCUGGGGGCGUUCAAGGAUUACGCGCAGGGGCUGGGGCGGGUGUAUGUGUGCCCGUCUUGUGCGAGGGA